CAGGAAACUAUUCAGUUAGUUUAGGGGAAUGAAACCUGAGACCUGAAAUAAUCUUCAAGCAGCUGGUCACUGGACUGGGUGGAGGAGAGUGAGGAGGGGGAAGAUAGGUCUAAAUGAGGAAGCAAAGUGCUGGUUAUUCUAAUUCUGAGAAGGGCUCUUGAGUUCAUUCAUUGAGCUCUGGGUCAGGCACUGGGUUUUAGGGACACAGCUGUGAAUGCUAGAAAGGUGAAAACAGGUAAUUGUCAGAUGUAUCAUAAAAAUAUAAAGCUUACAGCAGUACACUUUAGGUGAUGAUAGUGCUAUGGAAAACAAUAAUUCCUGGCUGGGGGUGGAUUGUGGUGAAGAUGGGGGAGGAAGUUUAUUAUUUUAUAGAGGUGCAUUAAGGUGAUUUUUUUUCUAGUACUGGAGAUUGAACCCAGGAAUACUUUACCAUUGAUAUACAUCCCCAGCCUUUUUUAUUUUUUGAGAAAGGAUCUUAUUAAGUUUUUGAGGCUGGCCUUGAACUUGUGUGUGACUGGGAUUACACCUGGCUAGAGUACCUUUUCUAAGAUCUUGAUAUUUGUGCAGAGAUUUUAGGGAAGUCACUUUCUAUUAGUGUCAUUAUAUUAAGGGGGCUUUCUAGACAAAGGACAUAUGCAGUUUGAGAUGCCUUUUAAACAAAAAUGUUGUAUGAAAACUGGCAAUACCUGUCUAAAGUUUAUGCAAGAAAUUUGAGCUGAUGACUCAUAUUGAGGGCUGAGAGUGAGGGCUGGGGGUAUAGUUUGGUGGUACAGGGCAUGCUUAGCCCUCAGUUUGAUCUCCAGCACCAAGGCAAAAUAAAACAAAAAAAAAUAUGAGAGUGGGUGAGGUUACUUAGGGAAUGAGCAUAAAUGAAGAAGGGAGUAGUUCCCAUAGUCAAGUCCUGGGCCAUUAUAGUGUUGAGAGUUUGGGGAGAUAGGGAUGAUCAGCAAGGAAGACCAAGAAAGAACUGCCAGUGAGAUGGAAAAAGAACUAAGUUCCAGUGUAUUUGGAAAGUGAAAUGGACAGCAAGUUUCCAAGAUGAAGGGAUUAACUGUGUGAAGUGCUGAUGAUCAAUAUGAAGACUGUCGAUCACCUUGAUUAGGUCAAUUUUGAUGGAGAGUGGGGGACAUGUGCCUAAGUGAAGUGAACUUUAAAUAAUAGGAAAUAAGGAAUUGGAGACUGGGUAGAGAUGACUUUGGGUGUUGUGCUGCAACAAGGAGCAGCUGGAGGGAAAUGCAGUGGUGCUGUAGUUGGAGAAGUGUGGAUUCAAAUGCAGGUUUUGCUUUGUUUUUUAAGAUGGAUAAAUUACAACAUGUACCUAUGCUGAUGGAAAGAAUUCAGUGGAGAGGAAGAGAUUGGUGAUGUAGGAGAAAAAAGAAAGGCUGGAAUUGAGUCCCUGAACAGGCAAGGGUGCUCAAGAGUCUGCAGUCUCUAGUCAGUCUUUGGGAGAAACUGGAUUGGACUGAGCCCUGGCACAGAGUCAGGGAGGUCAACAGUGUGGGAAGUUGGAGAGACCCAGCUGGAUGUGACCUUCAGGACAGAAUGGUGCUGGACUCGGGGGCUCAGGUGUAUGAGCAGGCACCCCCCAGUCUGCCUGCCAGUCCCCAGUCCCUGCACCAUAGGCUAAAGAGCCCAGACCGAGAUGGGCCACCCCUGUACCCCUGGCCUCAGUCCCUGGCUGUGCCUUUGGCUCUGGCAGUCCCCUCAGGGCUACAGCCCCAGCCUGAGCAGCAGCCCUUCUCAAAACUGCAUUUGGGCCGUGGCCACAUGCGAAGGAGUGAGAGCACCUACACUGUAAACAGUGCUGGCUGUCGAGGGCGUGGCACCCGGGGACCAGCCCCUCCUGGACAGGGACGGGGUGCAGGUAGGGGUACCCUGCGGGCUGCAGCCUCUCUGCCUCACAUUGCUAAGACUCGAAGGGAUGCAGGUGGUGGUACCAAGAGCCCCUGUAUGUUGGUGGCACUGAGGCCAACCAAUAUGGACCGUGAGAGGGACAAGUUCUUCCAGUCCCAUUACACCUACAACCCACAGUUCGAGUACCAGGAGCCCAUGCCCACCACUGUGCUGGAGAAGUACUGUGAGGCCUCUGGACAGUUCAUCCAUCAGGCAGUUGGAAUCAUUGAGGCUGUUCUGGAGAAGUUUGGCACCUAUGAACACUUUGAGGCUGCCACCGGGGGCCAGCUGCUGACUAAGUGCCAGAUUUGGUCCAUUGUGCGCAAAUACAUGCAGAAAGAGGGAUGCGUUGGAGAGGUUGUGGUGCAGCUGAGUGAGGACCUGCUGUCUCAGGCUGUGAUGAUGGUGGAGAACAGCCGACCCACACUGGCCAUCAACCUGACUGGAGCUCGCCAAUACUGGUUGGAGGGCAUGCUUCGCCAUGAGAUAGGCACUCACUACCUGCGGGGCGUGAACAAUGCACAGCAACCGUGGCACAGCACCGAGGGCCGGUUGCAGUAUGGGCUGCGGCCAGCCAAUCCCACGGAGGAGGGUCUGGCCAGCUUGCACAGCGUGCUGUUUCGCAAGCAGCCAUUUUUGUGGCGCGCAGCUCUGCUCUACUACACCAUCCAUCGCGCCGCGCGCAUGUCCUUCCGCCAGCUCUUCCAGGACCUGGCGCGCUACGUGCAGGACGCUGACGUUCGCUGGGAGUACUGCGUGCGCGCCAAGCGUGGCCAGACCGACACUUCCAAGCCUGGCUGCUUCAGCAAGGACCAAGUGUACCUGGACGGCAUCGUGCGUAUUCUGCGGCACCGCCAAACCAUUGAUUUCCCACUGCUGACCUCGCUGGGCAAGGUCUCCUAUGAGGAUGUGGAUCACCUACGGCCCCAUGGGGUGCUGGAUAAUACCCGAGUGCCCCACUUCAUGCAGGACUUGGAACGCUAUCGGCAGCAGCUGGAGCACAUCAUGGCAACCAAUCGCCUGGAUGAAGCAGAGCUGGGCCGCCUGCUGCCUGAUUGAUGUUUAUUGAGGGCUGUCAGCAGAAGUCCUAUGCAGAGGCCUCCAGAUCAGCCCCCAGAAUAAGAAGCUGAUUGCUCUGUGCUUCUACAGCCUGGGUGUUUCUUGGGGGCAUUGGGAGGCCAGGAGCAUUCUGGAAGGACAGGCAGCAGCAUCAGAGGUUUUUGUCCCUUGAUAGUCUUCCUGGUGCCUGUGGACCAGGCAGCAUUUCUGGCAAAUUGUUGAGCAGAGGGGAGUCCUGGGGACAGGGGGGGGGGGUGUUGAGUGUUAAUGGGAAUAAGGGGUGGUUUGGGAGUAGAAACUUGUUUUUGCAUGAGAUGCUUUGGGUGUCCAAUAUUCCAGUCUGUCCCUUCCCCCACCUUGCCCCUUGGUGCUCCUUCAGCAUUCCUGCUGUCUACCUCUUACUGGGUCCUGGUGGGGGUUGGGAUCCCUUCUUCUGGGGUGAUUGCCUGCGCCUGGGGUUGGCUUUCACACAGGCUCAAAGGGCAGGGGUCCUGAUGGUAUAGACCCAGCUGGGCUGGGGUUUGCUUUCCAGCAUUUUUGCCUCUUUCACUGGUCAUGUGUUUAUUCAAUACUUUUGUGUUCUACUGCCUGGAGCUUGGAGGUAACAGUGGAGGGACAGGACACUACUGGAAGGUAUCAAUUGUUUCUACUUUACCUUCAUUAUACACACAUGGACACAUACAUGCUGGGCUUCAGGUCUUGUGCAUCGAGCCCAAAAGCUCACCUGACCCUUGCACUGGCCUCUGCUCUUCCUGUCUUUUCCCACACUUUCCCAGUUGGUCUUAGGCAAGAGUUGGCAUAGCCUGGGAGCAGCCACCCGCAGGCCCAUUAGGUUUAUUGUCCUGGGCCAGGAGAAAUACACAGCUGAUUGUUGCUUAGACUCAGCUACGUGAGGUUGACCCAGUCCCAUUCCUAUCCCAGGCCUUAGUUUUCCCAUCUAUAAAACUUGGAAACACAGCUGGAGAGUUCUUAUUCAUUUAGUCAACACAUAUGUAUAGAGCACCUUGUGCCAGUUACUGGUUAAAAUUCUCACUGAACUCCCAGUUCAGAGGGAAGCCAGACAAUUAAAACGGCAAUUAAAAUUA